UCUGUGUCACUGAUUUAGAUUGAUGUAAAUUAUAAACAAUAUUGAAAGUAAUUUAUAAAUUUAAAAACCUACCUAACUUAUUGUACUCGAAACUACUCUGUCAACAAAUAGCUAUUAAAUAAAAUCUAAGGAAUAUUAUUUAUGAAAACAGCCUAGUGUAUUGUUUAUUCAAAGAAAGCUAGAUAACCUAAAUUCCAAUUAGACAUACGUAAACAUAACCUUAACCGGAACAUUGUUUUGAAAUUUGAAAUCAUGCCUCCGAAAAAGCAACCUGAAAAAGGCAAUAAAGGUGCAAGCGGUAAAGGUGGUGGAAAAUCUAGCGGUGAUGCUAAAGAAUCGGCUGCAAAAGAAAAGAAAGGAGGCACAGCUGUCAAAGUACGUCAUAUUUUGUGCGAAAAGCAGUCAAAAUGUUUGGAGGCAUUAGAAAAAUUGAAAGCUGGACAGAAGUUUCCUGAUGUAGCGGCGGCAUACAGCGAGGAUAAGGCAAGGCAAGGAGGCGACUUAGGUUGGAUGACUCGAGGUUCCAUGGUGGGCCCAUUUCAAGAUGCAGCAUUUGCCUUGCCAAUAUCCUCAGUAACCAGUCCGGUGUACACUGAUCCACCAAUUAAAACUAAAUUUGGAUAUCAUAUUAUUAUGGUAGAGGGUAAAAAAUGAGUGACUCAGUGUUUGAAUUUGAGUAUUUCUGGGCAAUACUUCUGCUGUUUAUCAUGGAAAGGAUAUGUUGUCUACAAGAGCAGUUUGAUAAAGAUUUUUCCAUAUUGCCUGAGCCUCAAACAUCUGAUGAGUCCUUUAAUUCCAAUAUGGAAGAUUUUGCAAAUAGAGAGUAAGCCCAGUUUAUUAUUUUUUACAGAAAUAAUUUAUAGUGAUGUAAGUAUUUAUCAAAGGUGGUUUUUUUAUCUCAACCAUGACCCAUAUUUUGGGUUCAUAUUAAUAAUUGGGUUGGUAUUAAAUAUAUUACAAUGGAGUAGAUAUGUUAUUGGCCCAUGCAUACAUAACUGAAAAGCAUCACACGGGUCCCUUUUUCUAGUCCAUGUUGCCCAGGGCAGCAAGUGUGACAUUGUGUGAUAAACACUCUGCCAAUUGUGCAUAAUUAAGUGUUAAUUUGGGCCUGUUGUAUGUAGACUCAUAAUUAACAAACAUUAGCUGUAUUUUGUUUAAUUGAAAACUUUGUGUGCAUUGAACACAUUGUUUGAGGGUAUCAAUUGAGACCAAGCUGUUAUGGGUAAAGUCAGCUUAGGUCAACUAAUGGAGUGUGAUUUGUAUAUGACAUCAUCAUCAUCAAUUAGUUCCACUCAAAGACUUAGAAUAUACUAGUCUAUAGACAACCUGACAGCCUGAUAAUGUGUGACCAAUUUUGAUUUGCCUGUGCGUGAGUUAGUGGCUUAAUAUUCAAAAUAAUGAGGAGCUAAUACCAAGUGUGUCUGACUGUUUACAAAAACUUGUCAAUCAAUAUUGGUAACAGUUACCAUAGAUUCACUUUCCUUUUAUAUCUUGCUGUAUCUCUGUUAGAGAUAUUCUCUCUCUCUCUCAUUCAUUAUUUGUCUAUUCGCUAGUAUAUUGUAAAAAGGCAUUUAUUUUCUCAAAAUUAAUUCCUUUAGAAUUGUUUUUGAUGUAAGUGUAUAUUUCGACCCAUGAUAAAUAAUCCUUCAAAUAUUCUAUUUUAUUUAUUUAUAAGCAAUUUGAUAAUAUUUAACAGAAUAUUCUCCUUUUUUUGUAAUUUGUUUUCACAUGAAUUAAAAUAAAAAAUCAAGUUGCUUCUUAGAUGAUUGUUAACAUAAUUUUAUGGGAAUCUUGUGUCUCAUUAACUAAAUUGGCAUAAAUACUUAGUAGUUCUGAUUUAUACACCAAAAUGUGAAAAAAACACUUCUUUUCGUUUCAUUUAUCAAUGGUUAUUUUUACAAUUAUUGUAUUAUACAUCAUAAACUUAUACAUUUUAAUUUCAUAGUAUGUAGAUAUAAAUAUAAUGAUUGAGAAAAAUAUGUACUUAAUAGUUUUUUAUAUUUGACCAUCAUUUUCUACCUGGUAAACUCCAUUAACCAAUAUGUAUAUAAUUUUCCUCUCAAAUAUUUUAUUAUAUUUAUUAAUUGUUGUUGCAGUGUUGGAUUAAAACUAAGUUUCUUACGGCUGUAUCGCUUAAUGCAUAUAACAAUGCUACUUACUCUAGUAUACUUUUGCAAUAUCUGUCUCUGGUUUAUUAUGAUCAAGAAAAUUCCGGCAAGUUCUUUUAAAUACCGAUUUAAAUUGCUUCUCCCAUCAAAUUAGAUUGAUAAAUAAAAUAUUUUUUUAA